AGGACCACUAGGAGGGAUAGAGAGGUAAAUAGAGAAAAAAGAAAAGGGUAUUUACGUCAAAGAGGAAAAAAAGGAGAAAUUGUUUGAUGCGCGUGUGUAUGAGGCCCAUAUUCUAUCGCCAUUCACGACCCCCUUUUUUCAUCCCUUCAUAUUACCGCUCCCCCCCCUUCUUCCUCCUUCGACAAAUCCCCUAAAUUCUAUUUCCUAAUAUUCUUCUUUCUCAAUUCUUUGUUGUUGUUGUUGUUGUUGAUUUUUGUUGUAUAUCUUGAAUCCGAUCGGAGAUAUGGCUCAAAGGACCGAGAAGGAGGAGACGGAGUUGAAGGUACCUGAAACCAUCACGUUGUGCGUCAACAACUGCGGAUUCACCGGUAAUCCGACCACCAAUAACAUGUGCCAGAAGUGCUUUAACGCUACGACGGCGACAGCAACUACCACCGCGACCUCGUCUUCUAAUACUGGAAUUUCCUCCUCUCGGAAGUUGUCCGGUGAGAAAAGUUUGAGAUCUAGAUCUCGAUCGCCUGUACUAAUGGAUUCCGUUCGUGACAAUAGCAGGAAUAUGUCCAUGGAUCGGUUCAAAUCUGAGGAAUCUGCCAAGCGUCAGGUUAAUCGAUGCUCCGGAUGCAGAAAGAGAGUCGGAUUGACCGGAUUUCGGUGCCGAUGUGGAGAGCUGUUUUGCGCUGAGCAUCGGUACUCCGAUCGCCAUGACUGCAGCUUCGAUUACAAGGCCGCUGGUCGUGAUGCGAUAGCAAGGGAAAAUCCAGUCGUCAAAGCGCCGAAGAUCGUUAGAGUCUGAUUUGUAUAAAAAAAAAAAAGUCAAAAAAGAAGGAAAAAGAAACGAGGAUAGAACAAUCAUAUUUGAUCUGAUAUGUCAAAUUUAAGAUCGUGGACUCGAAAGAGAAAAAGAAAAUUUCUACGGAAUUUGAAGGUUAUAAAUCCUGCAGUCUCUCCCUCGGAGAUUACAGAUCUAUUGAGAGGGAGCAAGGAAUUUGUUCGUCGAAUAUCAUGAUCAUCGUGUUUGAUUGAUAAUUAUGAAUUAUCUCUUUUAUUUUAA